AUGGCGAGCCUUCUCCUGGUUCUUCUCCCAGCUUUGCUCCUGCUGGCGUCGACCAGCGCCUCGGCGAGUGCACAUGUCCACUCCCUGACGACUGCAGCAGACACAGCACCGGCUGAUCUUCACGGGGCGGCAGGUGUUGGAAGUAAGGCCGGACGCGAUCGCCUGAGGCAAACCGCUGGUCGGUGGACUGGCCGCCAGCUCCUCGCGCCGGAAACCAACGACAACUCGCAUCUCACCAAAUCUUCUAAUGGAAAUGGGUACUCGGUUGAAUCCAGCAACAGCAAGAUGACGGAUUUGGCCUCAACACUCUUACAGACUGGCCGCCGCGUUUUGGCAACACCCAAAACCCCGCCCUCACCAAGGCCCUCUCCGCCACCACAGAAGCCAUCGUCUCCACCCAAGAAGCCGUCAUCCCCACCUAAACUCCCGCCCAGCCCACCUAAACCCUCGCCGCCCCCUCGGAAGCCGUCGUCCCCGCCCCCGAAGCCGCUAUCGCCUUCCCCACCGCCCCCGAACUCACCCCCCAGCCCGCGGCCCCCGUCUCCACAACCCAGUCCCCCGAAGCCCCCAGCCUCGCCGCCGUACAAUGCCUCUGUUGAAGAUGAGUCAUCGGGACCCAGCGAUGCCAACGCCAGCACCCCGGGUGAUGGUCUUAUCAGUUUGCCCAUCAUCCCAAGCGACGACAGGGAGGCGUAUGGGGAGUGGGCCCUGAAAAUCAUGGGCAACGUCGUCGCCGUACACCUGUGCAUGGUACCCGGUACGGACAAGUUCUUUUUCAUGGAGCGCCCCAGCGGCCGCCAUCCCGAUAAGGGCAGCAAUAUUGUGGGCUAUUACGACUACAUUGCUAAUCGUUUCACCAACGUCAAUUAUACGGACUCUGUAUUUUGUUCGGGACAUACCGUGACGCAGGACGGCCACGUGAUGGUGGUUGGUGGGCACAUUGCCAAAUCAGGCUACGCCGACGGGCUCAAGGGCGUCCGCAUCUUCUCCCGCAGGACACUCACCUUCAAGAGGAUUACUAAUAUGUCGUACCCCCGCUGGUACCCCACCGCGACUCUGCUGCCCAGCGGCAAGGUCACCAUUAUGGGCGGCACGAAGCUUCCUGGCGACGGCGCUGGCAAGAAUCCCAUCUACGAAAUUUGGGAUCCCGCGAACCCGACCGCGUUGGCAAAACAAAAUCAUUCCAACGGUCUUGUCACCAAGACCAACGACAUUUAUUAUCCCAAUACGUACGUCUUGCCCACGGGCGAUCUCUUCAUCUUCUGCAACCGUUAUGGCGAAAUUACGGAGCCGAUGACGGGCACUGUGCGUACGACACUGCCCAGCUGGUCCACUGUAGCUAAGGGCAUUUUCACCGAAUACCCCUUCACGGGCACCAGCGUCAUGCUUCCGCUCACACCCGACAACGGAUACACGCCUGAAGUGGUCUUUUUUGGCGGUCAGUUCAGCUAUGGCUGGAUCAACACCACAGCCAGCAGGCUGGCGCUGAGGAUUAAGGUUGUUUAUGACCCGGCUACCAGGAAUUACACAUUUGGUGACGGUUGGACUGCCGAGAAGAUGCCUCUGCCUCGCGUGAUGGGGGAUGCGGUGCUGCUGCCCAACGGCAAAGUCGUGGUGCUCAACGGAGCGGUGAAAGGGCUGGCGGGCGACAGCGCUUCGGGCGGUGUUGCCAAGGCCAACGAGCCCAACCUGUGGCCCGUACUGUACGACCCUGAUGAACCUUCUGGAAGCCGCAUGCGGCUCAUGUCCCGUUCCAUGAUACCGCGGCUCUACCACUCGACGGUGUCAUUGACCACAGACGGGUCGCUUUUGGUGGCGGGAUGCGACCGAUGCGACAAGUACUGGUACACCACCCCGGGCGGCAUCUCCAAGUCACCUUCUGGUCUUCCCGAGUACCGCAUCGAGGUGUUCCGGCCGCCAUGCUGGUUUAACGUAACUGCGAAGCCACAAAUCAUUUCCAUGGAUGACGCCACGUGGGAUGAGUACGACAGCGUCAACGUAAUGCAGUACGGGGAGCCUUUUGCGUUGCAGUACAGCAUGUUUUACGCAAACGACACGGUGACAUCUGCAGUGCUGGUUUCGCCGAGUUCAACAACCCACUCGACCAACAUGAACCAGAGAGUGGUCGGUCUGGAGAUUCUGUCCCAGGACGUGGAUGCCCGUCGUCUCGUGCUCAAUGGCCCUCCCGACAUCAACAUCGCGCCGCCGGGCUGGUACAUGUUGUUCCUGCUGAACGGAGAUGUGUACGGCCAGAGUGCGUGGCCGCAAAGCUUCAACCCCUCCCUGGAGAGCCGUGCACGGCGUCUCUUUUUUGGCUUAAGUUGGCUUAAGCGAGAGAAAGAAACUCAGGUACGCAUAUGGAGUGUUUCGGAGCGACCCUCCGGAGCUGUGGGGCCUCCCUGGACGUAA